AUGCCUCUCAUCACGCAAGUCGCCGAUAAAGACCGCCAAAGGGCGUCGCUCUACCCUUACCCAGUGACGCCGAUCCUGGGCGCCGCAAACUUUAUAUCGGGAGCCGUCGUUGUGGGUAUUCUAGCAUAUUUCGUCCACUACCUGAGGAUGGACAACAUGUCUGCACCCUCGGAACUCAUUUUCGUCCUGGUUGUCGCAUGUAUUUCGCUCCUAGACCAGAUCUUGGCCAUCUUCCGACACAGCGUGUUCCAGAUCUCUGCGCGAAUCAACCUGGUCGUACACCUCGUCAUUCUGAGUCUCUGGUGCGCAGCGUUCGGCGUGUUGACCUGGAGAUUGAACAAGAUGGUCCUGUCGCACACCUGCAGCAUCAAGGUCUGGGAGACGUCCAUGGGAGUCAUGGUCUGUCGGCUGUACAAGGCCAUGUAUUCGUUUUCGGCCAUCAGCUUCGGUCUGGCUGCGGGUUUGGUCAUUCUCGACUACACGGUGUUGAGGGAAGACGCGGUCGCGGGCAUCUAUCGACCGUUGGAAGGGAAGUCGAAAGCUGUGAAGAUAUGA